AUGUCGACCAACGAUGCAAACUUUAUGCUGUUUUCAAACAUCAACGACUGCUCGUACGUUUCAUGUUAUUGCGAAGAGAAUGUUUGGAAACUGUGUGAGCAGGUUAAGAAAACAUACCCAUCCGAGCUACCGAAAUGCUAUGCCGUAUUCGUGUCCAACGAAAGACGAACCGUGCCCCUUUGGCGGCAGAAGGCGGGUCGAGGCGAUGAAAAGCUGGUGAUAUGGGACUACCACGUGUUCUUCAUGCACAAUCCGUCACCGAACCGGUGUCUGGUCUUCGAUCUAGACACAACGCUACCCUUUCCGACCUAUUUUCACAAAUACGUUACGGAAACGUUCCGUUCGGAUUAUGCCUUAACGCCAGAACAUCACAGAUUCUUCAGAGUGAUACCGGCGGAGAAGUAUCUGGCCGAGUUUUCUUCCGAUCGGAGGCAUAUGCGUAGACCAGAUGGAUCCUGGAUUAAGCCGCCACCGUCCUAUCCGCCGAUACAAACCAACGCAAGCACACACAGCUUAGACGAUUUUAUCUGCAUGAAGCCGGGUAAGGGUCCGGGAGCGGUGUACGAUCUAUUGCACUUUGUUCAGCAGUUUUACAAACCGCCGGAUCGGAACAUCGGUACAAAAACGCAAAAUUAA